UAACAGCUAAACAGCAUAUAGCCUAUAGCAGUCAGUUAACAGCGUUAUUCGAGACAGUUCGAGAUUAUUGAAGACUAUUUGAAUGUACAUUAUAUACAGGUUACAUUUUCAAGAAGAAAGAUACAACUUGUAUUUGUAUUGAUUAAAUACAUGUUAAAUGAUGGCAGAUAAUAACAAGAGUUCUUUUAUUACCGUACCUGGCUUUUGUCCGGAUUGUGGUUCAAUUUUACCUUUGCUUGGGGAGAAAGGAGGAGUUACAUGUUACACAUGCAAAAGAGAAUGGGAUGCUGAAGUUUUUGGCGAUAUGGAAAUGACACAUACGAUCCAUUUUAAUACUAAAGAUACUUAUGUAUCUGUCAAAGAAGAGGAGGAUGAUAGUGAUGAUGACGCAGAUGGACCAACAGUGGAGCGAGAAUGUCCUCAGUGUCAUAACGAUAAAAUGUCCUAUGCAACAUUGCAAUUGAGAUCUGCUGACGAAGGACAAACUGUAUUUUUCACAUGUACCAAGUGCAAAUUCAAGAUGACAGAGAAUUCUUAAUAUGGAUUUAAUAUAAAACUAUAUUUUAUUUUAUAAGAAAUACUGUAUAGAAC